UCUGGUCACCCUAUGUAUUGUCAGACACCCCCGUGCUGGUGGGAUCUGUGUCUCAUGAGUUUUGGGGUCUGCCCGGGGCCCUGGUCUGAUUUUCCUGCAGGAUUCAGAUCUCAACCACACCGGAGUCACUGCUGAUUCUGGCCGGUAGGGAGAGUGGAUGGGCCAAUGGAAUCAGCCUUUGUCUGCCUGUCCCUGGGGGCUGCUGGGGGAGUCCAGGGAAGCUCGUUCUUCAGGAGAAGCCACCAGAGGGCUCCGGCUGUUCCUCAGGGAGAGGAGUUUACAGGGCAGUGUGGGGAAAUCCCCCAAAGUGGCCCCUUUUUUUCCUUUUCUUUUUCUAGCAUUUGGCUCAGAGUUGCUGUUACGGGAAGGGUCUGAAGAGCCUCGGGGGAAUAUGGAAGUGGGAAAAGGGGAUUUGCAGCAGCCAUCUUAGUGUUUUUAAGAGACAGAGCAGAAGACAGGCUGUGAGGGAAAAUUUAGCCGGCCUUAAACUUAAGACAAGGGCCUGAGUUUGGUCAAGCUUGCUUACAGGCCUUGAACUAAGAUCCUGCUUGUUUCUGUGUACAAGGGGCAGAAGGAGUCAGAAUGGAAAAAAUCCCCUCCCCAGGCUCUACCCAGGUCCACCAGAGCUGCUGGAGAGAGGAACCCCUCCCUCAGCCCGGCUCAGGACCACAGCAGCUGCCGUGGCUGGGGAGAGGUGCCUCUCACCCGGCCCCGAGCUGCUGCGGUGAGAGAGGGCUGGGGGGGUGUCCUCUCCCCACCGCAGUCUGCACCCCAAACCCCUUGUAAGGGAAAAUCCAGUGGCAUCCAAACCUUAUAGGCCCAAGCCUCAUGUCGAGCUGCCAAGGUCAGCUCGCUGAAAUGAGGGCACAGAGGAGGCAGUGGAAAGUAUCCAACAGUCCCCUAGCCAAAAACAAUUGUGCCAUAUCCUUCACGGUCACCGUUUAACCGCAAAAGGACAGACAGUAAAUACCAGGAGAGGCCUAACAUGGGAAGAAUUUAAGUUUGCUCUAAUUUAUAUUGAUUUUGCAAUAUUUCUAGUAAGGAAAUAACAAUAGCGGUCCGCCCCUGUGCGCUGGUAAUCAAUCAAAGGCCUCAGGCUGUUCUGAUCCAAACACAACGCGUGGUCGUUUUUCCACGACAAGGCUAACCCUAACCCUAAGGUCACGAGAUUUGUAGAAGCGGGGAUUGUGCGAGGCGGAUGGGGAAACGACAUGGGAAGCUGUUUUCUAACCUUGCUUUCAGAUAAGAAUGGGAAGGAAAAUGUAUAACAAGAUUCAGCUGUAUCCAUUGAUAUAUGUGAGGGGAACCUAUAAAUAUGUGCUUUAAACUGUUGUACUUUGGAGACCUGCCUAAGAAAGGGAACCCCCCCUUCUCCGUAGGCUCCCCCUGCAAUUGCUUGAAAUAAACUGCCUCUGACUUGCUGCUAACAAACACAAGAGUGAAGACUCUGUUUCUUCCAUGGGAAUCUGCGGGUGACAUGGACUGAAGCCCCUUCUGUAACCUCCUCCAUUGCUCCUCUCACCCCGACAGACUGAGGAAUCACGUCCACAUUUCGCUCCAGAUGGUCCCGUCUUCCAGGAGACUGGGAAGGGAAAUGGCUGUGAUGGAGCCAGCUCAGAUGCUGGUGACCUUCGAGGAGGUGGCUGUGUAUUUCACCCAGGGGCAGGGAGCUCUGCUGGACCCUGCUCAGAGAUCCCUUUACAGGGAUGUCAUGCAGGAGACCUAUGAAAUGGUGACCUCUCUGGGAUUUCCCCUUGCCAAACCUGAGCUUAUUGCCCGCCUGGAGCAAGGGGAAGAGCCUUGGGUGCCCGAUCUCCAGGCCUGUGAGGAAAGAAGGCUUCCGAGAUGCACCCAUACAGGUGCUGAGCGAGGGAAUGAGAAUGAGGAGGAGGAGAAUCAUCAGGAAGUUCCUGGAGAAGUGCAACCACAGGAGACCUUUGUGGGAGGAGCUGAAGGGAAAUAUUUCAGUCCAAAGUCAGCACAAAAGUCACUUAACAAAAGCCAUACAGGAGAGAGACCCCAUAAGUGCUUUGAGUGUGGGAAAAGUUUCAUGCAAAGGUCACACCUUGUUAAACAUCAGGAAAUCCACACAGGAGAGAGACCCAACAAGUGCUUGGACUGU